UGUCUGUUCAUCCAACUUAUGGACUAUGGACUAUGGACAAGAUCAACCUGAAGUGACAACUGUUUCCAUGGACCCUAAUGUUGCAGCGUAUUUGCACAAUGACUUUCUCUUAGUUUUUCCCGAGGAAAAAGAGAAGCUGGGGAUUUUCUUGAGGAGGAAUAUACACAAAUGUGCGGGUGGUGAUGAUCUAUCUUCAACAUGUCGGACGACUAGAGGACUUAAAAUAGUUAAUGGUUUGGAGUGCAAGAUCGCUUGCAAUUCUUCCAAGAUUGUUCCGAGUUAAACGACAAGCAGCCUAAGAUCAGAACAUCCAAUGCCAUAACCGAGCAAUGGUUUCAAAUGGUAAUUCAAUUAGACUACAAAGUCUACAACUAUAUCA